GGGCUCGCACUGAGCCGCGUGCCCGGGCUGUGUAUGGCCCAGCGCCUGCAUGUCUCUCCCGAGCGUCCCGGAGAAUUUAAGAAGCUGAGGGGGUGAGAAGCGUUCCGGAAUGUCGCCUUCGGCCCAGCAACUCCAGGAGCUGACUGACCAAGGUCAUGCGCAGGCCUGGGGCUGAGCUGCCUGGGGAUGUUAAGUCGGUGGCAAGCACCCCCAACCUUCUGGCGUUGCCGAAACCGCUGCAUCCCGGAAACGUCCAGUCCGGUUCUUGGAAACUGCCUGGCUCCUUGACAUUGACAUGUUUAUUCCUUUGGACAUUAAUCCCAAACGCCAGACAAGAGUCAUUUUCGUUGGCGCCUUCCUAGCGGCGUUAUUACUGGUUUUGAAAACAGUAGCAGAAAUAGGGUGGUGCUUUGAGAAUUCUGUUUUAUUGGCCUCGUCCAAUGAUAUCGCAAUUCAGUACCCCACUCAUGGAAACUUUGACAGAAGUUUUGAGGCACUGGAUCUUGCAGAAUUUGCCAAAAAGCAACCAUGGUGGCGCAAGCUGUUUGGGCAAGAAUCUGGGCCAUCAGCUGAAAAGUAUAGUGUGGCAACCCAGCUGUUAAUUGGUGGCGUUACUGGAUGGUGCACUGGUUUCAUAUUCCAGAAAGUUGGAAAGUUGGCUGCAACAGCUGUGGGAGGUGGAUUUUUUCUUCUUCAGAUUGCGAACCAUACUGGGUACAUUAAAGUUGACUGGCAACGAGUAGAAAAGGACAUGAAAAAAGCUAAAGAACAGUUGAAGAUUCGUAAGAACAACCAAAUACCAACUGAAGUCAAAAGCAAAGCUGAGGAGGUUGUAUCAUUUGUAAAGAAGAAUGUUCUAGUGACUGGAGGAUUUUUUGGAGGCUUUCUGCUCGGCAUGGCAUCCUAAGGAGUACAACAACUUCAGUUCCAUUGUCCUGGUUUUUCCUACCAACAGCCUCUACACUCCAUUGUAGGACAAUGAGACUCUCCUCUUCCUCCUCUUCUCCCGUGCCUUGCUCCCUGUUAUGGCAAAUCCAAAUGGCUUCUAUAGGCAUCUGCUGGUACAAGUUAAUACAGGUCCUCUCAUGAGUUUGACGGUAAUGGAAGAGACAACUGAUGUUAAGUUGUCCUCCCAGUUAUACUUCUAAGUUAGUCUGUCAGUCACCACAAAUGUUCCUAUGUUUCCCAUAUGUAAGAUUCUGUUCCAAGUUGUUGAUUUGGAAAAGAAUCACAGUUACCUUAUUAUGUGCUACAUCAAGACAAACUGAAUACAUUUGCCUUUAAGCAUGAAAUAGUUUGUAUUUUUGUGUGUUUUCUGUUUUACUUGAUCUUUUAAAGGCAUACUUGCUAUAAUUAUCCUGUCAAAAUGGGAGCAUAAGUACUAUAACUGAAGAAAUUGAAGAUGAAAUGUACUUGUGCUAAGGUUCUAUGAUGUCCUAUAGGGAUUGUAUUUGGUAGGAGGGUUUUUAUACUACAGAUACAUUGUUGGAUGGCCAGAUGAAUCAUCUAGGGGCAUUCAGAUACUAUUCAAGAAUGCUUUCCACCAUACCAGAUAAUGCAUCUCACAGCUGUCUUUAAGUGAUUUAAGUACUAGAAAGAAAAAAAAAACUGUUACUUAUUUCUUAGAAAAGGUUUUAUGCUUUGAAAUGUGAGGUAGUCUUCAUAUCUAUCAAGGCAUUAGGGGCAGCAAUAUUCCUCUGUAGUAAUUGUUUUUCUAUAUGUAGUUAAUAUGGAAUACAACAUUGAAGCCAGAAUUUUAGAGAUGUACCUGGCUUCAGAAUUUGAGUUAGCACAUGUGAAAUAAAUUAUUUCCAGCAAGUGCAACCUGCUGUCUCAUGAUUGAUCCUCAACCCCCAGAGUUAUUUUUUAAUAAGUUUACGCAUACUUAAAACAUUUUGCUGUAAUGUUCACAACUCCAGCUAGAGUUUUUGUUGUUUGUUUGUUGUGGUUUGUUGAGGUAGGGUCUUGCUCUAGCCCAGUCUAAGGCUGUUCUUGAACUCACAGUGAUCCUCCUACCUUGGCCUCCCAAGUGCUAGGAAUAGUGGUGUGAGCCACCACUCCUGGUUCAACUCUUAAUUAGAAAAUCGACUUCCAGAGGAUAAGGAUUUUGGCUUCAUGGUACCCACAAGCCUAGCACUUAAUUGGUUCUGAGUAUGUAUUUAAUAUAUUCAUACAUAUAAGUAUUUAUAAAUUUAUAUAUGAAUAAAUAUUCAUCAGUUGGGUAUGGCCUUGCCCAUCUUUAAUCCCAGCACUUGGGAGACAUAGGUAGGAUUGCUGUGAGUUCAAGGCCAGCCUGAGACUACAGAGUGAGAUCCAGGUCAGCCUGAGUGGGAGUAAGAGCCUACCUCAAGCAAACUUAAAAAAAUUAUUCAUGAACUUGUAUAAAGAAACCUCCCUGGUAAAGGAAUUCUUAAAUUUGUUAAUAACCCAUGUGUGAUAGUGUGUUUUUGUCAUACAUUAAAGAUGUUUGCCUUAUCUUGAGAAUGAUAUAUUGAAUUUGAAAAUUAAAACUUUAAGUGGAUAUAUAAAA